AUGAGCGCUUUCAACAAGGCUACCGGUAUUUACAGCGCCAAACUCGGCCUGUACAUGUACGCCAUCGCCAUGCAAAUGGUUAUUGGCUACUUCCUGUUGCUAUGCUCCCCUAACAAGUUGAACGUCGGCGGUAUCGUCAGAGCCCGCACCAUUCAAGACUUCAAGGAUAUCGGCUUCGAUAUUAUGCAAGGUGCCGGUGUUGUACACAUCUUGUUGUCAAUCAUUACCUUCGCCCUUCUCAUUUUGGCUCACUUCGUUACCUCAUGCUUCAAACUACCCAUGCUUGUUGUCACCAUCGUUCAAACCGCCUACUGCUCAAUGACCGCUGGAUUCUGCGCCCUCUACCUGCAACGUGGUUACGACAGCAUCACUAACAUCAUUAAAGUUGUUGCCAAGAAGGUUGUUGAAGGUUACGACCCCAAAUUGAACGAAUUGUUGGUUGACAACCGUAAUGCAUUGUUCGCCAUUGGUAUGCUUGCGGUGCUUGCUACCUCCUUCUUGCACAAGGCACAAGUAGUCAAGGGAACCGACUCACCCACUCAAGUUAUGAUUGUCAUUCCUUGCAUCAGCCUCGGUCUAGCUGUUUCUUUCGGUCUCUCUGCCCCUUGCAGGGACUACAGGACAUUCACUCUUGGUUUCUUCUGGGCCCUGGUCUGCAUUUCUGGUGAUGUUAUCAGCUCGGUUAGCAGGUUCUUCUGCUUCAAACCAUUCAAGAUCUUGAUGUUGGCUGUCUACGCAUCGAUUGUUCUUUUGUCGGUGAUCACCAUUGGUGUAUGCACUAAGGUAUACACUAGCGGAAGAAUCGACUACUCUGGUUACUUGGAUGUUGUACACGCAGCACAUACAAAGUCACCCUCAAAUAAAACAGAAGAUAAAUAUAAUGCUUUGCCACAACCUACAGCUUCGAAUAUUCAACGAAAUGAACCUGAAACGAGGUCAUAUCACAAUAAGAAUACCACAGCAAGAGAAAUAUCACUCGGUGAGACACUCAACGCAAAGUGGCGCAGACUUACAGAAAAACGACAACAGGAUAACGAAGAAAAAAAUGAAGAUGGAUAUCCAAAUAAAAGACCAGUGACACAAUCGCAUGAACAAGAUGUCACAUAUGAUGAUUAUAUGGAUCUGAAACACUUGCUAGGGGUCACAAUCAAAGCAAAACCAAACGUAUAUCCAAGACCAUCUUCAGGGUCAUCUACAGAUGAUGAUGAAGGAGGUGGAGGCGGUGGAAGAUCGUCAGGACGAGCAUCGACACAGCACUCACAAGAACCAACAAUAACAUCCGUGUUCAAUAUGCUGGAACAGAAUAAUCGCAAUCGCAGGGAAAACGGACAAACUAAUAUCGAGAAAUUCGAGACCAAGACACACACAAGGAGUGCUAAAAACGAUAAUACAUGGCCAGAACAUCCAGUCAUCAGCAUGAUGAACGGCUAUGCCAGUAACGAUACAACAGAUGUGACUACGCGAGAUUCAGCGAAAAUACAAAGAAACGACGUUAUAAAUUCAAGAAAUACAGUAUCCAGCGAAACGGCGGAUAUAGAACGUGAAUUGGAUAUACAAGGAGUAGUAGCGUUGGUAUUGCAUUCAGAAAAUGCAUUCCAUGUCGCAUACCAAAAAGGUACGAGCAAUAACCCAAGCAUGUGGAAACACAUACUGCCACCGCAGUUGUUUAAUUAUCUAACAGCAUUAAAUUGUGGAUUGAAAGUUGCAAGGGGAAAUAAAGAAACUUAUAUAGUAUUCCCAGCACAAAGUUAUGGGACGGUGCUUAAGGGGUUAAGAAAAGUAAUAAAUAAAACACAAUGUGCGGUAGAUCCGAUACCAAAUUUCAUACUCAAAACGUUCCCAGCGUUCAAUCAGUUCGCAAGAAAUGUCAACCUACCACAAAAAACACAAGAUAUCAUAGCAGGACAGGUAUGCGAAUACACACGCAAAAAUAUGGAAAAGAUACCUGAAAUUGUUGGACAAUCGUUAUAUACACAAUUAAAACCGUUCCAAUGUGAAGGGCUGAAUUUUGGGAUAAGAAAAAAUGGAAGGGUUCUGAUAGGCGAUGAAAUGGGUCUAGGAAAGACACUACAAGCUUUGGCAAUUUCAGCAUUCUAUUGGAUAGAUUGGCCGCUGCUCAUUGUAUGCCCAUCGUCAUUAAGGUUCCAGUGGAGAGAUGAAUGUAUCAAAUGGUUGCCGCAUCUAAUCAAUGAAUAUGAUGUAUGUACCGUAAAAAAUGGGAAAAUGGCAAUACCAGAUCAUACAAAAGUGGUCAUCAUAUCAUACGAUCUUUAUGUACUCAACCAACACUUUAGACAUAAAUUUAGAACCGUUAUAUGCGACGAAUCGCAUUAUCUAAAAAAUCAACAUGCGAAAAGAACAAAAUGUCUAGCACCACUACUCAAGGAAGCCGAAAGAACAAUACUACUAUCAGGAACACCCUCACUCAACUCACCAUCGGAACUAUUCGAACAAAUUUCAUGCCUUAUGCCAGCAUUCUGCUCAGAGAAUACUUUUAUUGAACGAUACUGUCAGAAAAAACUUAACUGGUAUAGUAAACGCAUGACGUACUCAGGGUCACAACACUCAUCGGAACUACACCUGUUCCUAGUGAGAACUGUCAUGAUAAGACGGCUGAAGGAAAAUGUGCUACACGAACUACCACCCAAAAUUAGGUCAAAAGUACCCAUUGAGCUACCAAAAGCGUUCCUACGUGAAUCGAAGCAGUAUAUGGAAAAUCUAGAACAGGCAGGAGUAUCAGAAGAUGAUCAGUUCUUAGCAUCGUCACAAGCGAUGUUCAAACUUACAGGAGAAGCGAAGAUAAACGGUAUACGUGAAUACCUUGUACACAUGUUAAAAACUGAUAUCAAGUUUAUAGUUUUCGCUCAUCAUCUAGCAGUGAUGGACGCCAUUGAGGACACUUUGCAGCAGCAAAAGACAAAGUAUAUACGCAUAGACGGAAAUACACAACAAGCCAAGAGAGAGGAAAAUGUCAACUGCUUCCAAAACGAUACGCAGUACAAAGUCGCACUACUCUCAAUAACAGCUUGUGGAGUAGGACUCAACCUAACGGCGUCCUCCACUGUGGUGUUCGCAGAACUGCAUUGGGUACCGGGACAAAUGAUACAGGCAGAAGAUAGAGCACACCGUAUGGGAACGAAACAUAGGGUCAUCAAUGUAUACUACCUGAUUGCAGAAAACUCAGUGGACGAGACUAUGUGGAGGACAGUCAAUCGCAAAUGGGAAGCUGUAACGGCAACCCUCAAUGGAGAAACGUCACACCUGACGCUCACCAAGGAAUCCGAAAGGGCCAAAGUUAACGAAUUGAGUAAACAAUAUAAAAUCACGGAUAUUAUGAAUUAA